AUGGAUAGACUCUCUGCACUCCCUGACGAACUUCUUUGGCUAAUACUCCUGGCUCAUCUGGAUAUAUCAGACUGGCAAACCCUAGCUCUUGUGUCUCAUCGUUUUCGUUCUCUUGUACAGGACCCACGACUUCAUAAGUCCCGCAGGCUGCUAGCUGCACACUCUUUAGAUGACGCACUUGCAAACAGACCAUCUCCAGUUGACCUUUACCGUCGUAAUGUCUUGCUCUCUCCAAAUCGUCUUGCUCCAGGAGCUGAGCCCAACCGGACAUAUAUGCUUUUGACACUGCCCAGGCGGCAAUCACGCGACCGUCUUGCACGCGCACUUGCUAACCGGCCAUCGCGUGAAGAGUUGUGUGCUCGCGGGCUGGUCCCGCCAGCAAGCAAUAUUGGUGUGUAUGCCGCUCAGACUAUUAAACGUUUAGAACGCCGGUCAGUUGAAAAUCUGCUGGCUUCAUUUUUAAAUACCCGGGCAUCAUCCUCCAUUGCUGUUAUUGCUAUUCAGCGCCGCACCAACGCAGAAAAAAUAGAAGAGUUGGCUACAACUGAUAGAUCUGUGGGGCAAUCAUCAUCCUUGAGUUUUAAUGCACUCCGACGGCAAGCACUUGCUGAAAAGAAUGGGUGCGAGUAUUUUGUGCGAACAAGUGUAAGUGCUCUUGUUAGCAUGUACUCCUUCACUGCGGCUCUGCUGGCAGCUCCGCCACCUCCUCGGGCUCCACCUCUUCCACCUAAACUUGCUAAUCCAAACUGUAACCCAACUGAGCAAGACAUAACUCAAUCGAAAUCAAGCAAUUCAACUUUGACAUCAGUUAGUGCAAUUAAGCGCAAAUUUGAAUUAUUGGCCCAACAAUCGUACUCUGCACCACCUUGCCCUAAAACCCCACAACGAUCUUUUGUGGAAUGCCGCAAAAAGUACUUCUUGUCAAGUGAUAUAAGUUUGGUCAAGACUAUUUCUCGCAGUGCAUCUUCAUCCUCGUUAUCUUCUGAAACUAGUUCUGGAAGCUGUAGUCGUGCUCAGGGUCCCGUGGCUGCGCUGCGUCAGCACUUCAUCUCCUUAUCGUGCUAA